AUGAUGAAUUUCGAUAAUCUCUUUCGACGUUUUAUAUUAACUCAAUCAUUUGUACGUGGUUGUGGAAAUCCAUUUCAUUUACAAGAAAUUUUUACCUAUCGACGUGAAAAAAUUGGUGUACGAGAUGAAUGUUUAAAACUUGUACCAGCUGAAAAUAUACAAAAAAAUACUGUUGAAAUAAUUAAACAAGAGAUAAAAGAUAAUCAAAAUUAUAUGAAUGCUCGAUUUCGUUCACCACUUGCUACACACCCACACCCUCAUUGA